AUGUCUUUGGAGAACUCAAAUAACAAGGGCAAGGCUGUGGUCAAGGAGGAGGAGGUCUCUCCGGUGACGCCAGUAGUGCAGCCGAAACCCUUUGCUGUCAAGGCGGAGGAGGAGGACGACGUCUCUGUGCCGAUGCUGGAGACCGCAGCUCCUCCUCAUCACCAGACGCCGCCGUCGACUGAUGUCUCUGACGACAGUGACGACGACACCAACGACGACACCAACGACGACGUCCUCGGGGGGACAAGCGGCGUCCAGGAUUGGGGCGCCGUUGCUGCGCCGACGGUGAUCCUUCCGGCAUUCCAGCAACUUGACAGCAACCGCAUCCAGCUCAUCAAAGAGGUGAUGCAGCACUGCAUCAACGCGUUGGCCACGGGGAACGUCCUGGCGGCGAACACGGGCCUGGUGCUCAUGUCGACCCUAUCGUCCGCCGCCGGCGACCCCCUGCAGCGCGUGGCGUUCUCCUUCGCCGAGGCGCUCGGACGGCGCGCGCUGCAGCAGAUGCUGCCGGGCCUGUACGGUGGGCUCCUGCGGCUCGACUUCCCGCCGCAGCCGCCGGCAGUCGGUUACACCUGCACCACCCGCCUCAGCUUCGACGCGCUGUGCCCGCUCCUCCGCGUCGCCGCGUCGGCGGCCAACCACGAGAUCGUCACGGCGAUGGAGGGCGAGGAGCACGUGCACGUCGUCGACCUCGGCGGCGCCAGCCCAAACCAGUGGAUCGAGCUGCUCCACCUCUUCGCCGUGCGUCCGGGGGGCAAGCCCUCCUCCCUGCGCCUGACCGUCGUCAGCGAGGAGGAACGGCUGCUCUCCGCCGCCUCUUGGCUGCUCCACUGGGAGGCCGCGCGCCUGCACAUCCCCUUCGUCUUCAACCCGGUGCGGUCUCACAUCGACCGGCUGUGCCCUCACGACGUCGCGUCCUUCGGCGUGGUUCCCGGCGGCGGUGAGGCCUUGGCGAUCACGUCCACCCUGCAGCUCCACCGCCUGAUCGCCGACGUGACCAGCAGCAACGACCUACCACCAGCCGCCGACUCCGCCGAUCAUCAGCAUCGUGGCAAGAAAAGGAAGGGGAAGCAGCCGCCGCCGCCGCCCAAGCAUGAGAUAACCAUGGCGGACGCGCUCCUUCGCGUGCUCUGCGACCUGUCUCCGAAGGUGAUGGUGCUGACGGAGCAGGAGGCGAACCACAACGGCGGCAGCCUCGGGGACCGCGUCCGCAACGCCUUCGACUACUACGCGGCUCUCUUCAACGACCUGGAGGCCGGCGGCGCGCCGCGCGCGUCGGCGGACCGCGCGGCCCUGGAGCGGACGCUUCUCCGGCAGGAGAUCAUGGACAUCGUCGCCCGGGAUGGGACGUCGCGGCGGGAGCGUCACGAGGGCGUCAUGGCGUGGGCGCAGAGGAUGGGCAUGGCUGGGUUCCAGCCGAUGCAUCUGCAGGUGAGGCGCUUCGACGCGUUCGCGGACCCGGGGCUGCUGGCGCUCCAGCUGUCGAUGCACGGCACGCUCAGGUACUGGGUAGCCCAGGACAACACCUGCUUCAUCAUCUACGCCAACAUGACCCCGAUGUUCUCGGUGACGGCGUGGCGCCCGGCGACGACCACCGGCGAGUGA